UAAUGAAAUGACAACUGUUAAUAACUCUGCAUUCCUUCAACAGAAAAAACUGCUUAGAAAGUCUAAUGGAUGAAGAUGAGAAAGACAGGGCAAAGAGGGCUUCACGUAACAAGUCUGAAAAGAAGAGGCGUGACCAAUUCAAUGUUCUUAUCAAAGAGCUCAGCUCCAUGCUUCCAGGGAACACCCGCAAAAUGGACAAAACUACAGUGCUUGAAAAAGUCAUUGGCUUUCUGCAGAAACACAAUGAAGUCUCAGCACAGACAGAGAUUUGUGAAAUUCAGCAAGAUUGGAAGCCUUCAUUUCUCAGCAAUGAAGAGUUCACACAGCUGAUGUUAGAGGCAUUAGAUGGCUUCAUUAUAGCAGUAACCACAGAUGGAAGCAUCAUAUAUGUCUCUGACAGCAUUACACCUCUCCUUGGACAUUUACCGUGUGAUGUCAUGGAUCAGAAUCUGUUAAAUUUCCUCCCAGAGCAGGAACAUUCUGAAAUUUAUAAAAUAUUAUCUUCUUGUGUGCUUAUGACAGAUUCCACCUCCUCAGAUUACCUAAAAACUGACAAUGAAUUAGAGUUUUAUUGUCAUCUUCUGAGAGGAAGUUUGAAUCCAAAGGAAUUUCCAACAUAUGAAUACAUAAAAUUUGUAGGAAAUUUUCGGUCUUACAGCAAUGUGCCUAAUUCCACUUGUAAUGGCUUUGACAGUGCUGUCUCAAAGGCUUAUAGAACUCCACCAGGAAAACAAGUUUGUUUUGUUGCUACUGUUCGACUGGCAACACCUCAGUUUUUAAAGGAAAUGUGCAUAGUUGAAGAACCUUUGGAGGAGUUUACUUCAAGACAUAGUCUAGAAUGGAAAUUUUUGUUUCUGGAUCACAGAGCACCGCCGAUUAUAGGAUAUUUGCCUUUUGAAGUGCUGGGUACUUCUGGCUAUGACUAUUAUCAUAUAGAUGACCUAGAGCUCUUAGCAAGAUGCCAUGAACACUUGAUGCAGUUUGGCAAGGGAAAGUCUUGUUGUUAUCGUUUUCUGACCAAAGGACAGCAGUGGAUCUGGUUACAGACCCAUUACUAUAUCACCUAUCAUCAGUGGAACUCCAAGCCAGAGUUCAUUGUAUGCACACACAUGGUAGUAAGUUAUGCAGAUGUUCAAGUAGAAAGGAGACAAGAAUUGGGCUUGGAAGAAGGGUCCUCAGAAGUUGUCUCUUCAGCACUAAAGGAUAAUGGGUCAAGCCUGGAUCCUGAACAGCACUUUAAUGCACUUGAAAUAGGUGCCUCAGUUCUUAACACAAGUCGGACAACCUCUGUAUCAUCUAGGAGCUCACACAAAUCUUCCCACACACCCAGGUCUGACCCUGCAGCUACACCAACAAAGCUGAUCACAGAGUCUACCACUCCUUCCCUACAAAGAGCACCCAGCAUACAGCAGGAUUUGGCCAUAAAAAGACUCAGUCAGCCUACCACACUUCAGGCAUCUUUGCCUUCUCAGCCAUCAUGUGAACUUCUCCCACAGCAGCUGCUGCCCCAGGCAGCUUUGCAAAAUCAGCCUACUCCUAUGGCACAGUUCUCGGCACAAUUUAGCAUGUUCCAGACCAUCAAGGAUCAGCUGGAGCAGCGAACACGGAUCCUGCAGGCCAACAUUCGGUGGCAGCAAGAAGAACUCCAAAAAAUACAGGAACAGCUCUGCUUGGUUCAGGAUUCCAGUAUACAAAUGUUCUUACAGCAGCCAACAGUAACCCUGAGCUUUAGCAGUGCACAGCAGCCAGAUCCUCAGCAGUUACAGCCGAGGUCAGGGGUCAUCUCUCAGCAGCAGCUUCUCCCCAGUCCUCAACUUCAAGGGCAAAUGACAUCUUCUCAAACAGCAAGCCAGCAAAUUUUAAGAGAGGGGAGUGUGAUAUCAAGCCAGGGUCAGAAAUUAAUUCGAAGUGCGCAGAUGGGACAAAGUAGCAGUCAUUCAUCCAGUGGCUUAGCUUCACAAUUCAGCACGUCUGCAUUGCUCUCACAGACUGUGAACAUGGCUCCACCUGCUGCUGUAGCCCAGGAUAGCAGUCCGUGUCAUGCCAGUCCAGAUUUCAGCCAUGACCGACAACUAAGACUGCUGCUCAGUCAACCUAUUCAACCAAUGAUGCCUGGUUCCUGUAAUGCAAGACAUUCUUCAGAUGUCAGUGCAGCUGGAUCCCAGACUAAAUACUCUCAAAACCAACAAAUGUUUCAAAAUCUGGAAGUACAGACUUCCAGCAGUGGCUCGCCGAUAGUAUUGAUGGGACAAGCGGUAUUACACCAAGGGUUCUCUGCAACGCAGCCUUCUCAGCCAUCCUCUCUGCAACCUAUGCAACUCCAACAUCAACAGCAUCAGCAGCAACGCUACCUUCAGGUGCAGACACCAAGUUCUUUGCACAAUGAGCAGCCAGAUUCUUUGCUCCUGCCCUCCUACUCGCAACAACAGAGUAGCAUGGGAUACCAUCAGACUCAGUCCCAGCAGCCACCGCAGCAACAGCUUGCCCCCAGACGAACCAAUAGCUUGUCAGACUCAUCAAAUUUACCACAGCCACUACGAUAAGAGUCCCACCAGCACAAUCAGUGCACAAUUAGCUUUAACCAAUGGGUGCAUGGGAUGGGAGAAGAAAUGAUGUUGUAUGGAUGGAUUUGGCUUUUGCACAAGCAUUUCCAAGUUCCAUGAUAGAAGCCGACCACCGAGUGCCAGCUGCAGCAGACAGUGCAAUAGGAAUGGUGCAGGAUUCUGUUUGCACUCUUUCAUUAAUCUGCUGUGUGCUUUCAUAUGAACUGAGGAAAAAUAAAGUGAACGCUGUCCUGUGGAAACUCCCUCACUCUUCAGUGUGCAUCAGGAGAAGAUUCUUUGCGGAAGAGCAUUGUGAAAGCACAUCGCUGGCUCCAAAAAACUGUGGACAGACACCUGAGGUACUUGGCAUUCAGUUGAAACCAAUUCUUCUUUUGCAUAUGAAAAGCACUGGGUCAAAGGUCUAUUGAGGAGAGAACAAGAGAUUAUUUUUAUUAUGAUUAUUAUUAUUAUUUUGCACAACUGCACACAAAACAUAACCUAGGCACUUUCUGUAAAGAGAAGUUUGUUUCCUUAUUCUGGUGGCCAAACUAGCACAUCCAACGGAGCGGAUAGCCCGGUCAUUGUUAAAAGAUGCUCUACAAUCCAUCCCCCUUGACUUACACCCUGAAACCUAAAAGUAUUAAGCAGUUUACCUUCCCUACUCUUUAUAAUGAGAAAUAAAAAACACUGGACUGUUUCCUAUUAACUCUGAGAAUGGUGACUGCAAAGGAGAUGUUAAAAUAUAAGCACAAUCAUACAGCACAGUUCCCGAAUUCUAGUCAGGCUUUUGAUCGUAUGAAGUGGGACCCCUCUGCAAAUGAAACAGCCUGUUCACAGCAAGGAUCUGAGGAAUAUGCACUGUGUUUUGGCCCAUUGACUGGGGAUGCUGCAAACUAUUACAUAUCUCUUUCAUGAUAACAAUUAGGAUUGAAUUUUCCUUUGAAAAAAAUGCACUUUUCGCUUUUUUGUAUGUUUUAUGUUGAUAUGUUUCUAAGAAAGAUUUUAUGUAAUUAUUAAAUAAAAGUAGUGUAUUGUACAGCUGUUGUAAUAAUGACCUAUUUCUAUAUAAAAUAAAAUUAUAUGGAAUUAUGUGG